UUUCAGACGAGCGUCAGCUUUGUGAGAUCUCUUCUCAAGUUCUGACCCGUUCUCACAGUGACUGCUGCUGCUGUUCAUUUGACGUGGACAUUGGCUAGAAGAGGGACUCAGGGUUUCAGCUCACAUCGGGAGAAAAUAAAACAAAAUGCCUGGACCAGCAGCAAGUGCAACCAACGUUGGGGCGUCUGGCCGUUCCCCCAGUAAGACAGUGGCUCCCCGCGCAGCAGGCUCCACAGUCAGACAGAGGAAAGCUACCAGCAGUGGUACACGCAGCGGCGGCAGGACCACAGGAUCGGCUGGCACUGGUGGCAUGUGGCGCUUCUACACAGAAGACUCACCAGGCCUCAAAGUCGGCCCAGUGCCUGUGCUGGUGAUGAGUCUGCUCUUCAUUGCUUCAGUCUUCAUGCUGCACAUCUGGGGGAAGUAUACCCGGUCAUAAACCUCACCUGAUGACCUCUGACCCUGCGCCUCGGAUUCUUAACAUAUUGGACCUGGACCAAACAAGAAACGAACAACAACCUCACGCCCCUAGCUCCCUUCUCUACUAUCAUGACAACACACAGACUCACAAACUGGAUUUUUACACAAUCGGUUCAGUACAUGAUCUUCAUCAGAAUCUGAAGUUGACUGCCACCUUGCUGCUUUUGGCCCCCCUUGUUUUGAACAUCUGGUCAGGUGACCGGGAGGAAACUAUACUAGCUCCACUUUGCACGUGAUGUCUGUGUGGCCCUCCCUCCAAGCAGCAGCAGCAGCAUGUGUCCCUUCAGUUCUGCAUGAAGGCUCAGUGCUGUGCUCAAAGACACUGUUAUUUUCAGGCCCCCAGCAAACAUUUCUCCUUGUUGCCUGAAUUGCAUUUUUUGUUAAAAGCAUUUGUACAAAAUGUAAUUGUAAUACUGUACAAUAAAAAAAAAGUAAAAAUCAA